AGAAAUGGAAAAAGAAGUCCACUUUGUAGGCCAAAGCAAAAGCAAAAUUAGCCAAUGCCAUUUCAUCACCAAAUUACAAACCUUAUCUUUUCUCUUCCUCUUCUUCUUCUUCCAUAGCCCAUCUCUCUCUGUUUCCAUCAGAAGAAUCAGAGGAUGGCCAUUACUCUCAGCCUUCCAAAACUUCCCCAUAAAACUCCCAUUUCUUCUUCCAAGCUUCCCAUUCCCUCCAUUCCAACGAACUUGGUCUUAUCUCAAAACCCCAAAUGCUCAAACAAUUUAUUCAUUCAGACUGUUCAAAAUCUCAAACCUUAUACCAUUCCCCUCACCGCUCUCACAUUGCCUUUCUUCCUUCAUCCACAGGAUGCUCUUGCUGUUGGAGGGGAGUUUGGGAUUUUGGAAGGUAGGUCCUUUGCCCUCAUUCAUCCUCUUGUUAUGGGUGGUCUUUUUGUCUACACUCUCUGGGCUGGCUAUUUGGGAUGGCAAUGGCGGCGGGUCAGAACGGUUCAGAAUGAAAUUAAUGAGUUGAAGAAGCAAGUGGCUCCUGCGGCUGUAACCCCAGAUGGGAAGCCAGUUGAAGCACCUCCAUCUCCCACUGAAUUGAAGAUUCAGCAGCUCACAGAGGAGAGGAAAGAGUUGAUCAAAGGGUCCUUCAGAGAUAGGCACUUCAAUGCUGGUUCCAUAUUAUUAGGAUUCGGAGUUUUGGAAGCGAUUGGUGGAGGCGUAAAUACCUGGUUUAGAACAGGAAAGCUUUUUCCUGGCCCUCAUUUGUUUGCAGGAGCAGGGAUUACUGUUCUCUGGGCUCUGGCAGCUGCUCUUGUACCUGCAAUGCAGAAGGGAAACGAGACAGCCAGAAACCUUCACAUUGCGUUGAAUACAUUGAAUGUUCUACUUUUUAUAUGGCAGAUUCCCACUGGAAUUGACAUUGUCCUCAAAGUUUUUGAAUUCACAAAAUGGCCUUGAUUUAAUGAUACUCCUAUGUAAACUUCCUUCCCCUUUUCCUUAUGGUCUGAGGUCUCUCUCUGUCUUAAGUCUGUACAUGUCUGGACCUUUUCUUUCCACUUUCCCAUUUUCCAAUUCUUGCCUCCUACAAUUUUUCUUCCCUUCAGGUAUGACUUGUUACCCAAGCACUUGAAGUCUAUAAGAAUUACGUUUCAAUCUAUGCAUUUUUUAACCAUCUCCCGGUAUAGCUCUAUGUUUCAGUUUGUUCAUUUUUAAAGUCUGCAGUCUCACUGGUACAGAGAAAUGCUGCAGAUUCAAGUACCUUGUACUUCAAACUGACGUGAGACUGUGUUUGUAUCUUCAUCGCAACUCAAAUCAACCACUUGCCCUCUAAACAGCCCAAACUAAAUAAGGACCAGCCCCAACCCUGCAGUCAGUUGGCGCAAUCAAGCUACCACACAGAAGAAAGUGCUAUCUAGGGAACAGAAGCAUCUCCUUCUUCCCUCAUUUUUAUCAACGAACAAUGCGUAUUCAGAUUCAGAAAGAAGUCUGUCCAUUAGAGUCACUGUGAUUUCUUCCAUGUUCACAUAUUUCAAACGGCAAUGAUGUUAGCAAUAAUAGUAACAUCCAAAGAGGAUGCUUUCCUUUCCCUUGUUUUUCACCCUUUUCUUCAUAUAGUAUUUGUGUAUUUGUUAUUCAAAGAAGCAUUUCAAGUUUUUUCUUUCA